AUGCGCUUUGCCUGGGCACAGAAGGCUUCGAAAGUAGCGCUUCGCGCGUCGCUUGUAAGUUGUGGCGGCCUGGCUCUGGCAUGUGUGCACGAGGACACACGGCGCUCGACCUUGGAGACGCUGCUGUCAUGCCGCAGAGCCCUGCAUGCUGCAAUCUGUGUCGGCAACAUGGCAGUUCGUUACAAGGCUUUGUCGUGGCGGCAUGGGGCAGAGCCUCAAGAUACUUACAGUAACCUUCUGUCGAAGACACAUGGGGACUGUGCCCAUCUUGCCCUGCAGAUGUGCAGGGGCAACGGCGGGCUCUUUGUGAAAAUCGGACAGCACGCCGCGACUUUGGCACCUGCGGUGCCACCGGAAUACGUACAGCACCUGUCGUUGCUGCAAGACCGCGCGCCUGCCGGGGACUGGGAGGAUGUGAAGAUGGUCAUCUGCUCUGAGCUUGGGGUGGAGCUUGGCGCCGACCCUGCCAGCAAAGACGGUGUGUUCAGGGAGUUUGACGUGGAUCCGGUAGGCAGCGCGUCGCUGGCUCAGGUCCAUCGAGCAAAGCUACGCGAUGGCUCAGAGGUUGCUGUGAAGGUGCAACAUCGCCACAUCGAGUCAGUGGUGGCCAGUGAUAUCUUCAUCGUCCGCUUCUUGGAGCGGCUCAUGAGCCAUGUUUUCAGGCAGGAAGGGUUCUCCAUGGCAUGGGCAAUAGAUGAGUUUGAGCGAAACGUCCAGCAUGAGCUCGACUUUCGUGAGGAAGCCAAGCAUGCCGAACGCUGUCGAGAUUUUUUUGCAAACUCGGACUUGGCAGCAUGCAUCUGCGUCCCAAAAGUGCAUCCUGACUACUCAACGCGAAGGAUGCUGGUGAUGGACUUUUCCCAUGGCACUGCCAUCAGCAAGGUGGUGAAGUCUGCGCAGAGGAAGUCGAGGGGGCUCCUUCUGUCCGCGCGCGAAGAGGUGGAGGCGCAAGCGGCAAAAAUUGCAGCGAGAUUGCUUAUCGAAGCGUUUGGCACCAUGGUGUUCUCCUUCGGGUAUGUGCACUGCGACCCCCAUCCAGGCAACCUGCUUGUGGAGAUGGGGAAGGGGGACAAAGGGCCUCGCCUAGUGAUUUUGGACCAUGGCCUGUACCGGGAACUUUCAGAGGACAGGCGUCUGGCCAACUGCGGUCUCUGGAAGGCUAUGGCGCUGCAAGAUGCCGCAGAGUUGGUGAAGAGCUGCAAUGCCUUGGGGAUCGACGCCUGCACUGCAGAGCUACUGCCGCUUUACUUCACCAACCGCUCUAUCGAGACAAAGGCUGGCUUGGGUCAGAAGAUCACGGCCGAACAGAAAAGCGAACUGAAGCUGAAGCUGCAACGCCUGGGCAUUCUUCCAGAGAAAGCAAGCGCCGCGUCCUUUGCCAUAUCCGGUCUGGGCAUGCUCGCCGACCGUGUUCCUGGAGACAUGCUGAUGGUCAUGCGAACGAUGCAUCUUGUAGCUUCGUUGCAUCGGGAUCUGGGUGGAAGGUCGGCAGAUCGAUUUGCCUCCUACGCUGUAGCGGCUGCCCGAGGCAAUGAAAGCAAGGAUUGCAACUGCUGGCGGCUGUCGCGGCUGUCGCGGCUGUCGCGGCUGCGAGUGUUCGUGAAGACUUUGGCUUUCAAAGCAAGGCUGUGGCUUAGAGAGCUGCGCCUGCGCCUGCAUGGGACCCUUUCCGGAGCCCAAGAAGAGUUCUCGAUCGCGCGAAGCCUCGCAGAAAUCGCUCGCGACCAGCGAUGA